GUUUCUGAAACCAAGCUUGGAAUAAGAUCUGCCGUAGAAUUAGAUUUGGUUAGGGCUUCUUGGUUGCAGCUUUCCAUUCCUAAGAUUUUUGGUGGAUCUUAUACUAGGAUUGAAUUGGAUAAAUCAUUUUGCAUUCUUUAUGAUGCCAAUAUUUUUGGGGGUUAUAUCCGUGUUAUUGAAAAGGGGUGUGAUUCUUUAUUUAUACCCGAAGGACGAAAUGGAUUUGGAAUUAAUUUAUUUCUAGCUGGGAUAACAAGAGCUAUAGUCAUGAUGAGAGACAUUGCUGCAAAGCAAUCAACAUGUGUGCUUGCUACAGGUGAGAUUUCUCCAGAUUUUGUGGGUGUAAAUAACUUAGAGUUGGAGUGUAUGCUUUUGGAUGGGGAUCAGCUUGACUCUAC